AUGUCCUGGGCAGAAGUCUCCCCAAGCCGAUACGAGCGUCCGUUCGACUCAAUCGAAACUUUUUAUCGUGCUGUUGCUGCCGCCGGUGCCCCACUGAACAAAGAACACUACCUGAUUACCUGCACUCUCCAACUAUCGCCUCUGCCUCCCGCCACUGCAGUUGAACAAGCCUGGAAAGCCCUCCGCCAUGUCUACCCCCAAUUGGCCGCUGAACCAGAAACAGACAGCAACGGCAGCGAUCGCUUUGUCUAUGAGGCAAUCACCACCACCACCCAGCUCGACAGCUGGGCCAAAGAGACUUUCCAUGUCGACACCGAUCGAACUGCCAAUGACCUCUACGAGCAGCUGACACCAUCACCGCGCGUCCACCUCUACUACCUCCCCAGUACCUCCGAGGUGGUCUUCCGCACCCCCCACUGGCGCAUCGACGGCAUCGGCCUGCAUCACAUGCAAUCCGCCUUCCUGCAACUCCUCGCAGACGGAACCGUUCAUCCCAUCGACGGGACCGAACCCUCGCGUCUCUGUCCCGCUGUGGACCAAGCCGUCGCGGACUCCGAUCUCCCCAAGACAAUCCCUCUAGACGAAGCCACCGCCACAGCUGCCUCCAACAAAGAACUCCAACCAUGCCUCACCCAAACUGAGAAUGGCAAUCUCAUGCUUCCAACUCUCCCCAACGUCCUCCCCACCACCCCCAAACGCAUCCUCCGCCACAUCGACAGCGCUACUACCGCCCGUCUCCUGGAUGCAUGCUCCGCCCACAACAUCACAAUCACAGCCGCCACCCACGCUGCCCUCGCCCUAACAGGCCUCCAACUCGCCCUCCACCUGGAAAAGAAACCAGACUACGUCGGGUUCAAUCCCAUCGACCUGCGUCGCUACCUCCCCCAACCGUGGAACGGCUCUGCAGCGGCCGUCUCGCUCUACCAUACUGGCCUGCCGUUCCGCAUCCCACUCUACCCAGCGCAGGUCGAGAAACGGGAAGAAUUUAUUCGCCUUGCCCAGGAAUUUACAUCACUCUACAAGAGAAAUCUGGCUAAAGAGGCGCCACAGAACUUGUUCGAUUUUUUGCCUACAUAUGUGGGUCGUGUUAUGCAGGUGUUGGGCGCUGCGCCGCCGGAUCCGCUGCUCGCUCCAGCACACCCGGAGUUGAGUUCUAUGGGGAGGGUGAAUCAGUUGCUCAAGACGGAGGUGGAGGGAAAGGAGUGGACGGUGAAGGUGGAGGAGUGGUGGGUGGCUAUUGAGGUUAUUAAUCGUUUGUUGUUGACCCAGAAAUCGGAAAGUUUUCAAUCUAUCAAAAUAGAGUAA